UGACAGCUGUAUGAGACCGAUCAUCAACAUUCAUUCAACUCAUCAGUGUCUUAUUAUUUUGAUCUUUUAUUUUUAAAUAGCUGGAGGAGUUGAAGAUAUCGUGUAUCGUUAAGGAUGAGCAGUCGGGUUUGUUUGGCGUUGUUUAGAUCGGGAGUAAACAGGCGUGUAUGUGGAUGUGUGGUAUCUCAGGGCAGACUGGUACACACAGGUUGGCAGAGACAGAUCCUUCAGCCCUCACACACAUCACUGAUCAUACACACCAACUUUCAUCCAGAUCAGCUGAGAUUUCAACGCACUUUUAGCUCUUCUACAGAUUUAACGAGUGAUGCAGUCGGGAAGAUUGAAUCGAAGCAUUAUCACCUGGUGUAUACCUGUAAGGUUUGCUCCACACGCUCAAUGAAGAAGAUCUCAAAAGUGGCGUAUCACAAUGGUGUUGUAAUCGUAACGUGUCCAGGCUGCCAGAACCAUCACAUCAUCGCUGAUAACCUGGGCUGGUUCUCCGACCUUGAAGGAAAGAGGAACAUCGAGGAGAUCCUCGCGGCUAAAGGUGAAGCGGUGAGACGAAUGGAGGGUGAUGCUGCCAUAGAGAUUGUUGCUGAGGAGACGAUAAAAGAAGGAUUGCAGAAAAGUGAAGAACAAAAAGCACUGACAGAUGGUUCUGACAAAUCCUGACCUUUCUAAAAAUACUUUAGUGGUUUUAUGGACAUAUUUAUUGUUUGAAUGAGGACCUAAUUGUACAUUGUCUGAGAAUUUGUAUAAAUCCAGGGUCUGGUUCUGUUUGUAAAGACUGUAAAUGAAUAAAUAAAUGGU